UCUGUCUCAGUCGAAGUCGGCCCGAAGAGUCACUUCGGAGAGAGUCACCCAAAAAAAAAAAAAAGACAAAAAUUAUUUGUCCAUAAUUAUCAAUAAAAUGGCUUCGUUGUACGGACGUACAAUUCUUCAAAUAUCACGUCGUGGAUUGUCGACAUCAUCAAUUAAAUACGCAAAAUCAUUCCCGGAACCUCUGGACCUUGCUACUGGUUUGGAGAAGAAGGAAUUACUUGCUCGUAUUGCUGGCAAUGAUGAUCCAUUUAUGUUGAAAGGAAAAAAGCGUGGUCCAGGUACCAAGGAUCAACCAAAUUUAGUACCAAGUGCUUUUGAUUGUCGUAUUGUUGGUUGUAUCUGUGAAAGUGAUUCUACAAGUGUUGCUUGGAUGUGGCUUCACGAGGGACAACCAAAACGUUGUGAUUGUGGACACUGGUUCCAACUUGAAAGAAAACCACCAAUUGUAUAAAAAAAAAAUACACAGUCAAUGUUACAGUAAAAUAAAUAAACAACAAAAAAAAAAAAACAAAAUUUCUCAAAUA